UUCAGUGACCCUGGACUAAACAUCCCGAAAGUCGAUUUCUCCGAUAAAAACAGACGAAACGUAAACGAUAGAUGCUAUCGCUCGGGCAAAAGCGCUAUCCGCGACCCGGAUGUUAUCGGCGAGGACACUUUCGACAACAGUCCGCCAGAAAAACAAGUUAUUUGUCUGUUAUCCGUCACGCAACAUGCGAGAACUCUCGAUUGAAGACAAACCGAACAAAACGGUUCGGUUGAUCCUGAACCGGCACUCGAAUCCUCCAGGGGAACCCUUUCUAACCGACCGCAGAAAGAUAUCGAUCGAGCUGAGCCCGAACAAAGACUUCGACGCGGCAUUGCUUAGCGAGUUAGGCCCGCGUUUCUGUUCCGUGACCUGGUUGGGCGACUCGAACGACAACGUCAGCGUCGAAGAGAACCCUUCGAUAGCGCUCGCCAAAGACCUGCAGGCCCAUGGGUACGAGACAGUCCUCCAUUUGCCGGGCAGGAAUUUGACGUCGGCUAUGGUGGAAGAAAUACUGAACGCGAUCGACUCGGCCGGAGUAAGGGGCGUGCUGGCCCUUCAGGGCGAUUGGGCGCAUGUACGCGAAAAAGACGACUCCAAGUGCGAAUUUCCAUACGCCGCUGAUCUCGUGUCGUUCGUGAGGCGCACUCGGGGCUCCCGUUUCGUCAUCGGGGUGAGCGCGUAUCCGGACGGCCAUGAACGCAGCGCCGCCGCCGACGACGAGUUCAACUAUUUACGUCAAAAGGUUGACUGCGGCGCCGAUUUCAUCGUGACGCAGGCGUCGUUCGAGUUUGACACGCUCGAGGCGUUCGCGCGGCGUUGCCGCGCACGCGGCAUCGCGGUUCCCAUCUUGCCGGGCGUCUUCGUCAUCAAAAGUCAACGAUCGCUGUCGGCCAUGAUGCGGUAUUGCCAGCUCCGCGUGCCUGACAGCUUGCUAGCCGACGUAGAGGCGAGGAAAGAGGACGACCGCGCGGUCGAAGCGUACGGCGUCGAUCUGGCAACGUCGCUCGUUCGACGGGCGCUGCGCGACAGCUACGGCUUCGGCGGCGCGCACAUUUUCACCCUCAACGAUUUGGGCUGCACGGCCGAGGUUCUGCGCAGACUGCGCGAAAAUCGAUAACAAUAAACGAUUACAAGAUAGAAAUGUUAGAAAAUACAUCAAAAGAUUCCGAUUUGAUGGAUGAAUUUCAAAUAAUAAACCAAUUUUUUUUUGUCCGUUUAUUUAUUUAAGAAACAAAAUAAACACUACUCACGACUCCUGCUAGAACGUGUCUAAAUCUUUUUCCAUUCAAGGAUUUAAGGAUUGUCUUAGAGUUUGCAGGAUUCUAGUAUAAUACGACCAAAAAUAUAGCGCAUUACGAAUAUUAGUAAAA